AUGGUCCUUCUGGUCCAGCUCCCCAACGUCGCCGGCGUCCGGCGCCCGGCCGCCGCCACGGUCCACCGGAGCUGCCGCGCCGGUCGAUUCACAGUAUAUGCUGCAGCGUCCGGUGGCCGCUUGAAGGAGGAGGAAGAGGCCAAGGGAGUGGGGAAGGAUAAGAUUGUGAUUAGAGUCUCGGACCCGGUGCGGGAGAGGAGGCUCCCGCCGCCGCUAUUCUCCGCACCAGACGAGCCGUCGGUGCCUCCACCGGAGCCGGAGGAGGGAAGGCGACAGGGUGUCGAGGACGGAGAGAAGGCUAAGGGGCAGUAUUACGUGAACAUGGGGGACGCCAUCCGGACGCUGCGGGAGGACCUCCCCGUCGCGUUCUACCGGGAACCCAACUUCCACGUCUACAGGUUCGUGCGAUUUUUUCUAUUUCCUCAAUCUUUUCGGUUACCUCAAGCUGCUUGCAGAGACAGUCGCUGUGAAUUGUGGUGA